AUGCACAGGAAUAUCAAAACAGAACUACUGGAGAAAGCUAGGGGAUGGUUACAACAGGUUGGGAAGGCUACAUUAAAGCCAUUUCAGAAGAUUGACAUCUUGGAAGGAUACGUCGUCCUGCAAUUGAUCUACUUGGCAGACCAAGCCAAUGUGAAAGCUACGUACCUAGAAAACCUUGACUUGGCAAUUCGAACAGCCAUCAAGGAAUGGUUCCAUCUUCCAGUGACUCACUGGCACAGUCCGUACUUCUUUGCCUACUUCCCUACAGCCUCUUCCUUUCCAGCCCUUCUUGCAGACAUGCUGUGUGGUGGAAUUGGAUGUGUGGGCUUCUCUUGGGCUGCAAGUCCAGCUUGCACGGAGCUGGAGACUGUCAUGCUGGAUUGGCUAGGGAAGAUGAUUCAUUUGCCUGAAGAUUUUUUAGCUGGGAAGGAUGGCCAGGGCGGAGGAGUCAUUCAGGGAAGUGCAAGCGAGGCCACCCUGAUUUCACUGCUUGCUGCAAGAACAAAAUCUAUCAGGCGGGUGCAGUCAGAAAAGCCUGAGCUAACAGAAGCAGACAUCAUGGGCAGGCUGGUGGCCUAUGCUUCCGAUCAGGCUCAUUCAUCAGUGGAAAGGGCUGCAUUAAUUGGUGGUGUGAAGAUCAAAAGUGUUCCUUCAGAUGAAACAUUUAGUGUUUGUGGUUCAGCCCUAAAGAAAGUUCUGGAUGAAGACAAAGCUUCCGGUCUUAUCCCAUUCUUUUUCUGUGCAACACUUGGAACCACACCUUGCUGCUCCUUUGACAAACUCUUAGAGCUGGGUCCUAUAUGUAAUAAGGAAAAUAUCUGGAUGCAUAUUGAUGCAGCCUAUGCUGGGAGUGCAUUCAUCUGCCCUGAAUUCAGGCACCUUUUAAACGGUGUAGAGUUUGCAGACUCAUUUAACUUUAAUCCUCACAAAUGGCUCCUAGUGAAUUUUGACUGCUCUGCUAUGUGGGUGAAAAAAAGAUCAGAUGUAAUAGAGGCCUUUAAAGUAGAACCCCUUUACUUGCAGCAUCACCAUCAGGAUUCUGGCCUCGUAACAGAUUACCGGGGACUGUCUUUCUCUCCUCAGCACGUCAGGCUGUCGCAUCAGUUUGAACACUUAGUCCUUCAGGAUGAAAGGUUUGAGAUCUGCGCUGAGGUUGUCUUGGGACUAGUCUGCUUUCGGCUGAAGGGCUCAAAUGAACUGAACAAGGCUCUUCUUAAAAGCAUAAAUGAGGCCAAGAAGAUCCAUCUGGUCCCGUGCCACCUGCGAGAGAAGUUUGUGCUACGUUUUGCUAUUUGUGCCCGCACAGUGGAAUCCACCCACAUCAGGUUUGCCUGGCAGCACAUCUCACAGCUGGCAACCGAUCUUCUGAAAACAUGGCAGCAAAACUACCACCAGCAGUAACAGCAGUGAAGCAGCAGUGGGGAGGAGGUAAUUAAGUGGCUUUCUCUGUGUUGCCAAGUUUUAUUUCAGGGGCAGGCGGGAAAGUGAAGUUAUGAAGGAAAAGAGUGCAAAACCUGUUGUUAUAUAGCCCGUCUGCAGCAGCAAAACCCUUGCCGGCAAGUUGUGUUGUAACCUUAGUCAUUCCUUCUCUGUACCGUAGCUUCCUCUUGCCAUGGCACGCAGCCGUGGCGGCUCGAGCCGUCGUUUCUUACCAGUCUGUAAUCAAGAGCACGUACCGAACCAGGCAACGGAAGUGGAAGGGUUAGUGCUCCCUCCGUCGCCCCCAUUAACCUCUAGCGCACCCACUCCUUUCUUCACAGAUGAAACACUGAGGUGUUACAACCAAGCAAUUUAGCAUUACCGUGCCUUCAGAAAGAGUCCAAGCUGGGGGAAGUUCAGUAACCUGGUCAUGACACUGUCCACGUCCUGUCUAAACAGGCACGCACAAGUGGUGGCGUCAUGGUGUGGGGCACUAUUGUGUCAUGACACGCUUGCUGCAGUAAUUUUGUAAAUGAGGUUGGGACUUCAAGGCUUCCUUCACUACACAGCCACACCGGGGGGAGGGAGCACUGAGCGAACGCAAACCCUCCCUACGGCGGCUCUCUGCUUUCUUCCAAAGGGUUUGCUUUUCAAACAGCCAUUUUGUCAAACCUCGGCAAAUAGGUUGCGCUGGCUCUCGGUUUUCACUCUGAUCAUUCAUAAUGAGGCCUCUUAAAAGCUCCUUCCCAAGAGUUUUGUCAAAAGCCCUGUGCUACCUGGCGUUCUAUAUUUUCAACCAUGUUACUCUAAGCAGCGAUUACUUGAAAAGAAUCUGUAAGCUACGUUCUGUGAAAUAGAGUUGUGAUUUCUUUUUAUGGUUGCCAUUCUGCUUACUGCGUGGUGUAAUAAAUCUUUGACAAAUGCGCUAAGAAAUGGGAUGGCUAAAACGUUACUCUCUGCUUCUCAAAUUAGCUAGCACACAAGGUAGCAAAUUACAAUGCAAAUAGAAGUUAAGAGCACCAGCCCCCAAAAUAUGCUGUGGUGCCCCCCUCGGCGGUUCUCUUCCAUUAACAGUGACGCACAGAACAUGGAAGUAUUGGAAAACAAUUGGCCUUCAGAGAAAGUCAAAUGACGUGUCCUUGACACAAACCGUUGAUGUGUCACCUUGUCCAAGGCAGGUAAAGAGCUGAAAUGAAAGUCCGAAACAAUACCUGACUUUAGUAAGUACUUCUGCCGUUCUGAAAGCAGAAAUCCCAGACAGUUAUUUCUAUGUAAAUUUCUAUGUUAGUUCAUGACUUGGGAAACUGUGUUCAUCCCCAGCAAAUAGGGUCCGCACCGAUACGGUUUUGCAGCUUUUAUGUUAUGGAAACAGUAGAAUCUAGGAGCCAGAGAGGAAUUCCACCUUCUUGGUGAGACAGAGCAGUAUUUUCCAUGUGAAAUAUAUAACCAGGUCUGUCCAGGAAAAAAAAAAAUGGAUCAGGUCCUGAUCAAAGCUAUCAUAGAGUAAAUCCAGGGUAAUUGCACUGAAAUGAAAUGGAGUUGCGUUGGGCUUAUCUGACUAUAACUGAAAUGAAAAAUCUAACUAAGAAGAACUGGAAAAGAAAAGCGUACGGUCAGGCAACACUAGGCUGACAUCAGAGGAUUUUGGGGAGCGCCUCCCCAUGGAAACCAGAGCAGAGGUGGAUGGUGCACGCCAGCGUGAGCCUCGAACUGCUGUAGCACGGGGACGCGGGCAGGAUGCACGUCCAACCCAGGGGAGGUGAAACAUUCCCAAGAGCCCAGAAUCAGACAGGGGUCCCUCUGGACACUUGUGGGAAGGUGCUGCCAAAACUAACAGCCAGGUAAACGUUUUUCAGCACGUGGGUGUCACUUUUAGAAGAGGCCGUCGUCCAGACACCAAAACUCCUUUUGGCAAAGAAUUUAGGAUAAGGGUUAAUUUAAAGUAUUAGAAAUACAGCAGCAAAAGUUACUUCAUUCUUGUUUGCAAAGAAGAGACCUAAGUAAAUCUUCCAACGAACGGCAGCGACAAGAGCCCUGGAACGACACUUCCCCAAGACCAGCCCAAAACAGAAAUCUGAAAUUCACAGUUCUGGUUUUCCUGACGUUCUGGGAGGAUUUGAAUAUGUAGUUGGUGAAGGCCGCCUUACUAUUCGGUCUCUCAUACCUUCCUAAUUCCUACGUAGAGUAUUAAUGUUAGGUCAUCUGAAAAGGAAUCUGGGCUUUGUAAUCAACUCAAGAACAAAAUACUUGAAAAGAACAUUUCUGACAGAAGAACGUGACUGCUGUUUCUGUUCUGCAGCUUUGCAACCUAUCUGUAAGUGAGAAAUACUGUAUUUAUGAAUAGUUACUACGUGACCCUGGAUUUACUGUGCCUCGUGUGCAAAAGCUAAUGGAGUCUGUGCCAACUGACGCUGUCUGAUGCUAAAAGUAAUUACACAAUCUCAGAACUGUGCGUUAGGAGAAUGUCCGUAUCUCAAGGGAGACGGUGUGGCCGCUAGAGAAGGAGGGAGGAAAGUAACUUUUCGGUAACCAUAUUUUUUUUUUUUUAAUCUAGUCGAGUGCUAGUACAAUACCUACAUUCUUAAUGAUGAUGGCAGAUGAUAAAUAUAUUUUAUUACUGAGGGGGGGGAAUAUUGAAAGGGUAUGUAUUUGUGAAAGCCUUGCUAAUAUAUUAUGCUCAACUGCAUUAUAAUUAUGAAAUUUCUAAUUUUCUCUUGCCUUUAUAUGUAAGAUUCUGCUCACGGUUGUUGGUUUUGUUGUUGCUGUUGCUGUUGUUGCUGUUGUUGUUGUUGUUGUCUCCUGUAACGUUACCAUGUUUGAGGAGUGGUACUCGCACUGCAGGUGCCUUACAACAGCAGUCUAAACCUUGAGGCAUGCGUGAACUUGAAGCGCUCAAAUACAGGAGCAAAUGAGAAAUGAAACUUGAGAACCCUGAAGCCCAGGGUGGUGGGGACAGAUUAAAUAAUGAUGAUAACAGUAAUAAUAUCUAUGUAGCAUUUGUAGAGGCUCUAUGACCUAAAUGGAAAAACAAUCAGACGUUCAGUGCGCUUUUAUUAUAAUUUGUGUGCUGUCAAAUUGCUUUAAAAUCUGUUUCCAAAGGCCAUUAAAGAGACACGUAGGCUUUAACUGGCAGCAGUAAUAAAUGGAAACAAAACUA